CAUUAUUAGACGAUAAGACGCAAGAUAAGACUCGUUUCUAAAAUUGCACGACCUACCUCAACAGUUUAAAAAUUUUACUGCAUACAAUUUAUCCUACUGACUGAAGACUCUGAAGUCUGAAGUACUAAUUUUGUGAUUUAUCACUGGUAAAGUGAACUAGAAUAUCCCUUCAAGACUUCAUGAUAUCGAGCAAAUGGGGCGUCCAAAAAUGAAUAAGCCUAUACCAACCAAGAAAGGCCAGAGAGGAAGGCCUCGAAAGAACAAUCCCAAACAUCCAUCAUGUGAGCUCGACAAUGAUGUUGGACAAGAAGUUGAAAAUAUCCCAGAAGAACAGGAUAGUAACAUAAGUGAAGAACAAGACGAGAAUGAAGGAGAGCAAGAUGAAUCAAAUACAACAAUUGGUUCCAACUCAAGUGGAAGUUCAAAACCACCACCUGGUAACCUAAUCUCAAACUUUACAAUCCAAAGCUGGCCCUCUUGGCGUAAGAAAUUUUUUACUAACUGGAGAGAAGACACCAAGAAGGUAUACGCCCAAUGCCUGUUUUGUCAAGAUAAACGUUUUUUUCUCUGGAUCAAAACAAGCUUACACCAACUUUUCAACUCAUUGUUCAAGAGUUCACUGCGAAGAAUGGCAAAAGUUUACAGCACCAGGAACAGUUCGAAAUCAAGGUUCAAUUAAGCCUUUCACUGUUCAAACUACGAUGCAUAAUUCAAGAAAAAACCAGUUAGACGUAGGGCUCACUCGAGUUGUAAGCGAAGGGAAUCUUUCUCUUAACAUCUUAGCAAACAAAACUGUUCGUGAAUGGAUUGAGAUGGCAGUUCCUGGUUACCAUUUGCCCUCGGUUUAUGUAAUGAGAAACUCACUCAUACCACAAAGAUAUGAACAAAUUAAGGAAUACAUCAAGAAGAAACUGUCAUCCUGCACGGCUUUAUCUAUAAUACUAGAUAUUUGGUCAUGUAAGAGUAUGGUCGGUUACAUUGGCUAUACUUGUUCUGGAGUAUUGAAAACAUAUGAGCCGUUCAAGUGCUUCUUAUCAAUUAGACAAGUCAAAGGGAAACAUACUGGUGAAGCAAUUCUUAAUGAAUAUGAAGAUGUCAUACAGGAGUGGGAUAUUCCAAUUUCAAAGAUCGAACUAAAGCUGGUUUGUUUGAAAAGUUACUUUUUCUCAAACAUAAUUCAAAGUUGAUCAAUAACCCUGUGGCCUGUUGAAUGACUUGAAUCUCAUUUCUCAUUGAAUUGAACUCAAUUUUUAAUGAUUGAUCAGUUAAUAAACAAAACUGGACCAGCCAACAAAGAAUAAAAAAUGUCUUUUACCUUUUCUAAAAAAUUACUAUUCACAAACUCACCAGAUAUUAUGCGUAGCUUCACUAGCUUCAGCUUGACUAU